GGCCCGCCAGGUGUACCCGCCCAGUGGCGUCUCUCCCUCUUACAACCCUUCACCCCCACCAGACACUGGAGUAGAGCGAGGUGGGAGACAGGAAGGUCAUCCUGAGCUGAGCCUCUGGCAGGUCCGGGCGCGGCGAUGGCAGGGGACAGAUAGAGCGGCCACACCGCUUGGGCUCCGCCGCGCGCCCGCGCCCGCCGAGCCGACUCCGAGGCGCCGCGUGCUUGCGGUCACAGCCUGGGGAGAGGUGAGGGCGGGUCCAGGCGACCGGGACCGCACUGGGUGGGGGUCGCGGAAAGUCGCAGAUGCUGUCACUCUGGUGCCCAAACCGUGCAGCUCCGCAAGAGGUCCCCACGCGAGCCUGGAUGCGCGCGGCCUCGCGGCUGCAUUCCAACUUCUCUAUGGAGCCGCGCUCCAGCCCGGGCGCGCGCUUCCGUCCUGUGCGCACUCCCGCUUACCCUCCCCCCCACCCCACCCCCGAACCCCUCAUUCCCUCUCUCCACUCUUCUCCCUUUCAUUCUCACGCUCCUAGGCCGACCCGUGGAAGUUGCAUCCUGGAUAGCCCGGGCAGCGACGCUGAAGAGCUCCGAGCCAGUGCUCGGCCGAGCCUCCCGCCCGGAUCCUGGGCAAAGACCGCCCAAAACCCGGUGCUGACCUUCGUCUGCACUGCUCAAUGGUGACCCGAGUCUCCGCUGCCCUAACUGCAGCUGCUCUGCAUCCCCAGGACUGCCAGAGCGCCUGGGAUCUGCAAGCCUGGGGCCUGGAUUCUCUUCAGAGACGUACACUGAGUGGUGGAUCCUCUGAAGGGCAAAGGAUCAGGCUCGUUGACUUGAUUCCCUCUCCUUCCAUAUUGAGAGAAUCCUGAGAAGCAACUGUUCCUCUCUGAGACAGGAAACUGCCAUGAUUUACCAAAACAAGAAGUAACCCAUGUGAUCACAAGAUGAGUCAGGAUGGAUCCUGAAGCCGUGCAGCUGGAGAAGCAGCACGUGCACGAUGUGUAUGAGAGCACUGCCCCCUACUUCACUGACCUGCAGAGCAAAGCCUGGCCACGAGUCCGCCAGUUCCUGCAGGACCAGACGCCAGGCAGCCUCAUCGCGGACAUCGGUUGUGGAACUGGAAAGUAUCUUAAAGUGAAUAGUCAAGUCCAUGCUCUGGGCUGUGACUACUGUGGGCCUCUGGUAGAGAUUGCCCGGAAUAGAGGGUGUGAAGUCAUGGUAUGUGACAACCUUAAUCUCCCCUUUAGGGACCAGGGCUUCGAUGCUAUCAUCUCCAUAGGAGUCAUACAUCAUUUUUCCACAAAAGAAAGAAGAAUUAGAGCAAUAAAGGAAAUGGCCAGGGUCUUAGCUCCCGGAGGCCAGCUGAUGAUUUAUGUUUGGGCGAUGGAACAGAAGAACCGACACUUUGAGAAACAGGAUGUGCUUGUGCCAUGGAACAGGGCACUCUGCUCCCGGCUGCUGUCAGAAUCCCGCCAGUCAUGGGGUCAUCAGUGUGAGCAUCCCAUGAGCCAAGACUACCAAGGCUCUGGUUCCGCUUGCAGCUGCGCAGUGUGUUUUAAGGGCAGAUGUGAUUCCAAGAGGUCCCACAGCAUGGACUACGGGCCUGCGGUGGCCAGAACCUGCUGCAAAGCUAUUUCGAAGGAAGGAGAGGAAGAGAAUGGAUUAUAUAGCAAUUUUGGAAAAUCCUUUCGCUCCUGGUUUUUCUCCAGGUCUUUGGAUGAAUCAACCCUGAGGAAGCAAAUUGAAAGAGUCAGGCCCAUGAAAAUCCCAGAGGGUAGGACCAAUAGCACCGUGUCCCAUCAGCCUUCUAGACAUCCCAGCUUAGACUUGCAUGCUCAGGAUCCGUUUUCAACAAAAGGACCAAACAUAGAUGAGGUGUUCGUAGACACAUCUUCUCAAAGACAUUUGGGCUGGCUGGGAGCACCGGGUACCUCAAACAACUUCAAUAGACACAGGGGAGGAGAGAGCAGGAGGAAGGAGAGGGGUGAUUUACUGGAUAUCACUGAUAACGGGGACAGUGGGGCUGCAAGUAACAGCAGUGAUCCUUCUGCCAGAAAAAUAUUAAGGAGGGUUUCUGCAUUCGACUCCACGGAUUCCAACUCCGAAGACCCAAGCUUUGUGGAAGACCAACGGGAUGUCCCGGAUUCCAAAGCCUUCAUGCGGUACUACCACGUAUUUCGGGAAGGUGAGCUGUCCAGCCUGCUGCAGGAGAGUGUAUCUGAGCUGCAGGUUCUGAGCUCUGGCAAUGACCACGGUAACUGGUGCAUCAUCGCAGAGAAAAAAAGGAGCUGGGAUUAACUACAUCGCUCAAGGCAAAGGCUACGGUGGUGGCCCAUCAUCUGUUCAAUGGGGCUGAUGUGGGUACCAGAAUCAGCCUCCUGUUUCAUUGUUUUCAAAUCCAGGUACGAGUUGGUACUUGAGCACUUUCUUUGACCACCUCCUCCAAAUUGCUGAGUAAGCACAAAGUCUGGCACUUCCUGCGUCUGCUACAGGAUCUGCCUGAUGAAGUUUCAAUAAGAACCCGAGGGAGCCAUAGGAACUGAACUUAAGUACAGGCUUGAUCUUAUUCCGCCCAGAGAUGAAAUUAUUAUAAUAUGUGUAUGUCAAGUGUCAGUAUUAUCUUUUGGUUUUUAAAUAUUCUGCUGUUAAAUAUACCCUUCAAAAGCAGGGGUUUUUUUGUUUUGUUUUGUUUUGUUUUGUUUGUUUUGUUUUGUUUUGUUUUGUUUUUUACAAUAAGUUGUGUUGGUUCUCAGGUAAUUACUUAGAUCUCUGUAGAGGAACAAGGGCACCUGUUCUGGGCGUGUGUUUGAGGCUUGCUGUGGGGGUGGCCUGUUUCCAGACUUUGUCUCUAACUAUAUCACACCUUCUAGUAUUGCCCAGACUCUCUAAAUCACACACAAACAUCCUUUGGGUGAGCAAUAUAAGUAAUACGGUCUUCAGUGCUGCUCUGAAACUUUAUAAAGGCACUGUUGGGGCGGUGGUAGUGUUAGAGCAGGCAGCUUGCAUGCCAACGAAUCAGCAUAUAUCCACAGUACCACAAAUAGAAGAAAAAAUAAAUAAAAACACUGUUAGCAAGCAGAGAUAGGUGAUGUUAUGUCGGCCGGUGACAUUUUCCCCAAAGGUAUUAGGAGCAUCAAUAGCCAACUGAGGUUGUGCCAAAAUUACCCAAAGAAUUUUCAACUAGGAAAUGCUCAUUUGAGUUAUGAGAGUCUAAUUGGAGCUAUUUUACUUUGCCUGUGGGGACAGAUCUGGAAAGUGUUGUAUAUUUAGCCUUAGCAGACACAUAACUGGGAUUUGCUGUUGCCUGCCAUGACAUUUAUUCCCUUGAAGGUGACCACACUAGAUCAUUAUAUCAACGAUCUGAACAGUAUCGAAGCUUAGUCAUAGUUUGAAUUUUUGCUACUCUAUAGUGCAAUGAUUAGAGUGGGCAUUGUAAAACCCAUGCCUUUUUUUUUAAGACUUAACCAUGAGUCUGAUUAAUCCUAUGUUGUGGAUCCCAAGGAACAAUUAUGAUGGAACUAGAGACUGGACUCAGGAGAAACAAAAAUAAGUUGGCCACGGAAUAUGGUUCCAGAUAAUUCGUUAACAAGCAGAAAAUCAAAUAGUCAUUGUACUUUCUGGACCAAUAUAAUGAUGGAGAUUAGAUUAAAAUCCAAUCUUCAUUUUAUUUUUCUCCCACUACAAAAUUAACAAACAUUGUAAUGGAUCAUAUUUAUUUGGUGUUUACCCUCUUCAGAGAUUUUGUUGGAGCUUAACAAAAAUGAAGCUACUUUUGAAGGCCAAUUCAAAGGUGCUUUGAGAAUACAAAACGUGUCUUUUAAACUUUAAAAAUGUAUCAGAUAGUUCCUGAGGCUCUUCAGGUCAAAGUCCCAUCUCCUUACCCCCGUGGGGGAAGAUGUGUGGUAUGCGUGGCUUGUACUUUUGGACAUACAUUUUGUAUAGGAAGACAGGAAAAUAGACAUAGGGGUGAAGUAUAAAUUACAAUUUACUGUACCUUCCAUUAUUUCAACUGAAGAUAUUAAACUGUAUGUGCAGUGGCUUCCUGAGAGAAAUGGUGACUCUGAACUAGUCAGCAGUGACGACCUCCUUAUUAUGACUUCCCCCUUCUCUGAGGUCUGUGUCACUUUCACUUGGCUUUGCUGCCGGACGACAUCUGAGCCUGACAUCACCCUGACUGGAAUGCGCUACUUAAAGCUUGUUAUGUGGAACUCAGUUCAUUCGGCUGUUCCAGGAUACUUUCCCAGCUAGUAUGUCUGAACAAGCUCAUAAAAUAAACACACACCCCAUCUUGUAUUUAAAGCCCUUUGGAAUGGUUAUGGGGAGGCAGAGAGAUUCUCAUACAGCAUUGACAGAGCUGUGAACACUAACAACAGCAGCCUUUGCUAAGCGGGAGAAUUCUGUGCGGUCAGUUGUUUUAUUGUAUAUUCAGCAAAAUUUGUGGCUGGUAACCUUUCUUCAAGGGCUCCUUGUGAAAAUCACUCUCACGUUCAAUGUUUGCCUUUUGACGAUAAAGAGCCAUUGGAAACUAGUGUAAAUAUCUCCAUCUUUUAAAAGCUUGCUCUCCUUUAGGCCUGUCCUCAGAAGGAAACGCAAGUCAGAAAUGCAUAUAAAUGGAGACAGUGUGGUCCGUCAGCCUUAAUCAACUCAUGGGUAAACUUCACUGAUCUGUCUAAAGUGAUCUGAAAACCUUCUCCACUGUUAAGACAAAAUGAUGUUUUUCUAGAUCCUUCCUGGCAUCCACACAGAGUCCCACUGCCUGAUGGACAGGAAAGUUCAGGGAACUUAUUAGAUAAUUGUUAGAAGUUGGACUAGUGGUACCUCCUAGCUUGUGUGGGGAGCUCUGUGGGAACAGAUGAAUGAUUUGGGGUGGGGGGGAAGUGCAUUGACAUAAACAAAAGAUGCCAUCAAAAUAAUAUUUUCCUGGGGAGCAAGUGAUUGGUGAGCUUCUCCUGGUUAUUAGGUUUGGGUGUGUAUGUGUGUGGAGGGGAGAUGUUGUUUGUUGGCAGAAUUAUGAAAUAUGACUAGAGUGCUUCAGUAACUAUAGGCUGGCUCUGGACACACAUUGGCUGUCACGCAGAUUUGAUCCUUCCCUCUCACCUUACUGUCACCCAUACUGUCAACCACUGACUUUUGCCUACCCAUCAUCCUGAUUCUAGAGGCCAAAGAUUCCUGUGUCCAACUGACUUUCAACUGACU